UUGGGUAACUGGAGGCCGGAAUUAUUGUGGGGAGCUCCUGCAAUUCGACCGCGCGAGUGGUGCCAAGGCUUCGAAGAACGCCAGGUGGCGUUCUGAGAUCAAUGAAAUCUCGCGAAGUCAACCGAGUCGGACAUCAUGUUUUAGGUUCCCUGAGUUAGCCUUCCCAGCACCGCAGCUGGAGCUCUUAAAGCCUGGCAGACGUCGCGGAUGUGCGCUGUACUCUCCUCCCCUUCAUUCCAAGGACCAGCAGCGUCGCUGCAGCCCAGCGUUGCCGAAUAUGAGUUCCUUGGCCAUGGGUAGCGCCAGGCGUGAAAGGCUUCAGCAGAAGCUCGCCACGUCUGCUGCUAUAUCUGCAACUAUCGGAGACGAGGAAGACGCCGCACGGAAGGCAGUCAUGAACGUCGUGCAGCUGUGGCUGGACCGGCUGCAGCUGGUUAGCGUUCUUACAUCAUUCUUUGCCGGCAUUGACGGAACUCUGCUUUCCUUUACGACCAACUUAAUGCACGUUAACGAGCUCAAACCCGCAGACUGGUCGAGUGCCGUCCAAGCCAUGAACGCAAGCUUGGCAGGCGCACUCGUCUUCCAUGUGUGCGCAGCCGUCGUAUCCUUUAUCGGAUCCUUUGUUCUCAUACGCUUCAAGCUCAUCGACGCCCGUGGUCACAUGCACCCCACCGCCCCACCUACAUCCGUGCCGACUACCGAGAAGCCUACAGCCAGUCAGCUGGAGUCUGCGCCUCCGACACUAUCACACACGCGCUCCAGCGGCUCCGAGCACCAUCAUACGGGAUUCAGCUCGCCCUUCCUGCAGGCGUCGGAGAUGGCACAGGCGGAGUUCCUGCAGGUCUUCCAGGGUCUGUCAAAUGCCUGCACACAGGUCGAGGGGCGUGUCUUCAUACACCAGGUCCGCCCGUUCUCCUGCUUCCGCGUGUGGAGCACUGCAGACGGCGCUGUCGAGCCUCCGGUGCGCCUCCUCUCGGGAUGCCACACGGCCGCGGUCGCGAUGUCCGUCGUCGGCUUUGUGCUCGCACUGCUCGGAAUCUUGAUAUUCGCCUGGGUGGCGGUGCCAGUCAGCAUCGGAGCGUUUACGAGCGCGUGUCUUGGGACGUGCCUGUUGAUGAUACUUAUGGCGUUGGGAUCCUCGUGAAGAGCACCCCGCAUAUACGACGUGUAAUGAAUGACAUGAUACG